AUGGCUUCGACAGAGGAGGACGUCGCCUCACGCCUCGACGCCGAGCUCUCGCUCCUCGACGCCAUGUACCCAUCCAGCGUGACCUGGAUGUGCCAGAGCCGCGAAGUACGCUUCAAAACCUCAACCUCAGCCUCGUCGGGAGAACUACAACUCCGGCUCCCGGACACGUAUCCCGGCAGCGGGCUUCCAAGCGUAAUCUCCGCGUGUGAUGGCACGAGGAACGAUGUGCGCGAACGGAUGAGGUGUGCGAUGCGUGAGUUGGGGCUGGUGGAGGGCGAGGAAUGUCUCGAUCGGGUUGUUGGUGCGUUUGAGGGCGUCGUUCGUGUUCGUGUGCCCCUGAUCCGCUGGUCGUUUCUUUACUUCUACGAGCAUGGAUUGAGGACUCCUACUGGAUCCGAGACCGGGAUUGACAGCACCACCUCUGGGACAAACAUGCAACUCGAAACCCAAGAUCCACCAUCAUCAUCGAAAACAGUAAUCAUCUGGCUGCACCAUCUUCUCGCGACGUCGAAGCGGAAACUCGCCAUCAACCCAACGCUGCACGGAUCUGCCAACCCAUCACUAUCACUAUCAACAUCAACACCCAACACGCACCAAUCGAUCUCCGGCAUCACGAAACCGGGGUAUCCGGGCAUCCUGAUCUUCAGCGGUGCGUCGCGCCUGGUCGACGCGCACGUGCGCGAGCUGAAGGACUUGAACUGGCAGGCCUUUCAGGUGAGAUAUGAUUCGACUGAUGACGGAGCAGACCGUCGGUGCAGAUGGGGGUUCGUGCAUGAGGAGUCGGAGAACGGAAGGGGUAGGAUCGUCGAGGUCGAGACCAUGGCGGAGGUUGUCAAGGGGAUUGUUGGGGAGAGGGAACGGGGUGUUUUCUUGAGGUGUGUGGGUGUUAAGUAG